AUGAAGCCAGUUCUUGGAGAGAGGUAUGAAUCACCACACCAACUAAAGCUUUGUUUGACAAAUUACUCUAUAAGUAGGGGUUAUCCAAUUAGGUUCAAGAAAUGUGAUAGUGUAAGGCUCGUGGCUGUAUGUGCAAGUGACCCUGAGAAAUUUCAAUGUCCCUUUGUUGUAAGGGCCUCAUGGAUGAGCACUGAAAGAACAUUCCAAAUCAAAAAAAUGGUUGAGCAACAUACCUGUGUGAGGAAUUUCCGUAGUGCUAAUCUUAUGGAUCCCACAUGGAUAGCUAGGCAGGUUCUGAAGGAGAUGAUUAGGAAACCAAAUUUGAAAUGUAAGGAAAUGCAAGCUAUUAUUCAAAUUAGGUUCCAUUGCAAGGUUUCAUGGUCAAAAUGUUAUAGAGCAAACUGUAGGACAAUUUCUUUAAUAGAUGGAAAGUUGAGUGAUCACUAUGCAAAAGUUUGGGAUUAUGGACAUGAAUUGAUGAGGUCCAAUCCAAGGAGUACAAUUCAAAUAUCUAUCACUGGCUUGAUGGGAGUUUUUUUGAAAGGACAAUGUAAAGGUGAGCUGCUAACUGCCAUAGGGAGGGAUGCAAAUAACCAUGUGUAUCCCAUUGCUUGGGCAUCAGUUGAAAUUGAGAACAAGCCCAACUGGAAAUGGUUCUUGGAACUAUUACAUGAUGACCUGGAAUUACAAGGAGGCUUGGAUUUGUGUGUUAUUUCUAAUCAACACAAGGGUUUUUUGGAAGCUGUAAAGGUUGUAUUGCCACGUGUGGAGCACAGACAAUGUGCAAGACAUGUGUAUGCAAAUUUCAGAAAGGUAUUCAGUAACAUAUAG